AUGGCUACUAAUACAUUAAGUUAUGAUGCUAAAUUUAAUAUUCAUAAUGAUGGUAUUAAGUUUCAAUCUAAAAUUUUAAAUGACGAUGAAUGGAAAACACUUUACAAUUUAAUCCAUUUAUUAUAUGAAUUUGAAAAAGCUACAGCUCUUCUUGGUGGUUCAAAUUAUGUAACCUUAAGUGCAAUGUUCCCUAUUAUACAAUGGUUAAUUUAUAAUUUGCACAAUAAUUAUUCAAAUAUUGAUGAUACAACUAUACAAGCUGUUCAUAAUACAAUUUUGACAGAUAUGGAAAAAAGAUGGGGAACUUCUCCUAGAUAUGCAAUAAUUGCAUUAUUCUUUGAUCCAAGAUUCAAAUUAUUAACAUUUAUUGAAGAACGCAAUUUACAACAAGAGAAUAACAUUCUUAUUGAAAAUGAUUUUAAUGAGUUCAUUAUACAACAAAAAUCAAAACCAAAUAUGGCCUCAUUUUUUAAAUCUUCAAUGAAUCAAGAUUCUGUUAUUACUUCCGAGUUUGAGAAUUAUUUGUUUAUUCCUGAAGUUUAUACUAAUCUUGAAGAAUUUGAUCCUAUAACCUGGUGGAAAGCACAAAAGUCUACUUACCCAACUUUAUGCCUACUUGCAUGCAAAUAUUUAGGAAUUCCAGCAUCUUCAGUCCCCUCUGAAUGGGCCUUUUCAUAUGCUGGAAAUCAUGUAACUAUUAAAUGA